CCAGCCUGAGUGACAAGAGCGAGACUCCGUAACAACAACAACAACAACAACAACAACAACAACAACGUGACCGUUUUGUUAUGUGUGAGGAGGCUGUGCUGGUUACUGUCUAGAAAGGUUAGGAUGAAAGAAAGGAAUGCUAAGUUGUACCACAUGAUACAAUAAGAGAACGCACUUGCUGGAGUGGAGGAGUCUUCUUGCUAUUUAUUUGCAGGCUUCCUAGCGGCUGACCUCAAAGCAGGAGUCCAUUUAAGGUCCCCAAAUCUCAGACGAGAAUUGAAAUGGGAGCGCGCUCUGUAGAGAAAGGAUGAGGCGCAGUGACAUGGGAGUAAGAGAAGUAAGAAGAGGAUGUCAUUAUGCGAAUGGUGGUUUGGAAAGUUAGAUUACAAUUAACAAUAACUUUCCAGACUGUGUAGGAGAGAAAUAAUACACAAGAGAACUGAUGUUGUGCACCCCAGAUCCACUGAUCAUAAAGAAAAGGAAACAUAUCUUCAGUUCUCCAUGGAGGUCACUUGUUUCCCGGGUCCUUCCUCCACAUCUCGAUGACCACACGGUGCAAGCAAUGUAGAUACGAUGUACGCUAUAAUAAUGAAAGGAACGCAAAGGAAAACUCACUAAGUGGUUACUCUAGGCCAGGCACUGAGCAAAGCAGCUUCAGGUAGAUGAUCUGAAGAGGAAGCUGCAGAGGCAGCCGCUGGACAGAAAUGCCUACGCUCUUAGGGAGUAUUCUCCACAGGAGAGAAGGAGGGAUACGAAGAUAAUCCAGAAUGAUCGGAUUCAUCACAACAGGUAACAGUCAUUAAGCGCUUCCACUGGGCGUGGCUUCUAGGCUUAUGGUCUCUUUCAAGCCUCACAUGAGCAGCCCCACCUCUGGGAGCAGCGCCCCCGCAUCCCUCAGGCUCUAGCCUGCGGUACUGUUUUCUGCCAGAAGAGGCACUGCGGGGCGGCGCCCGCCCAUUCCCACAGCUCCGGGAAGACCCGGGCGGCGGAGGCUUAGCCCCCUCCCCUCCCGCUUCCUCCUCUUCCUCCUGCCGGUCUGAGGGCGGCAGUCUCCAACUCAAGACCCUGGGGCUCCGGGUCUUCUCAGCAGCCGCCGCAGCAGCCGCGGCGACGUCACUGUCCUCGCGGCCUGGCACACAGCGCUCAGGCCGCCGAAUGCCCGUGGACGCGCAUCUCUUCCCAGAGUUCCUGCUUCCUGGGCCAGCCAAAGCCGCAGAGAACACCUCAGGGUCUUGCCUGCUGUGAGUGCCUUGAAGAGGGAGCAGCGGGCACGGCCAAAGAGACACCUGGCUCAAGGACCAAUAAGGAGUAUGGCUGCCCCUCCCAAAGCUCCCAUCCGUGUCAGGAAUUUGACCAUCAGAGCAGGAGUCCUCACUGGGAGGGAGAACAACAUGCUGCAGCCCGAGACCCACAUCUUCACAGCCUCCGAGGAGGGGAGCUCCCAAGGGGCUCUGCUGCUUGGCCAGGCCCCAGAAUCUUUGUCUCUGCCUCGUACUCCAGUGACCUUGGAGCAGCAACUGGUUUCUCCUUCUGGAGAUCCCCACAGGCCCCCUGCCCUGCCCAGCAUAUGCUCAACUCUGAUCCUCCAGCCCUGUGCCACCCUUGACCCUCUUCUACUGCAGCCACAGGUCCCCAAAGUCUCUGACCAGGCUUUGGUUUCUGCCCACUCAGAGUGGCAGCGGAAACUGGAGGCCGCUGAGGCUCUGCUGACUCUGAGAAACUCUGCCCAGGCCCCUCCUGACUCCAUCUCCCUGCACCAGCCUUGCAACCCACCAGCUCCUGCUGGAGAUAAAGGAUUCCAGCCUCCCAGCCCCUCUCUCCGCCCCAGGCCAGCCAGCUCCAUCUCGCUGCCUAUUGGACAUCUGGGAUGCAUCUCCCUCUUGAGCUAGGAACCCAGGGGAGGAGGCCUCAACAGAGCACUGCCUAUUUAGUAUCCAGUUUCUGAAUGUGCAAAAUAGUUAACGUCCAAAACGCUUAACAUCUUUUUUUUUUUUUUU